AUUUGAAAAUAAUUCAAAUGCGCUUUGAUUUGAUUAUAUAGCUAAACGAAUUAAAUAGAUGUAAACAAUAUGGCCCCGUCUACAACCGAUAUUAAUAAUAACUACAUUACUAAUUUCGGACUAUUCAGCAGCAGAAAGGCAGCGUAGAGGCACAGGACCGACAAUUAUUCCUUUAACCGACCAUGAUAAAAUGGAAAUCGUGCGGCAUCACAAUGAUCUGAGACGACUGGGUGGGGCCUCCAACAUGAGAUUUAUGACCUGGGACAGCGAACUUGCGACUAUUGCAGAAGAACAUUCAAAGAAAUGCAAUUUUGAUCACAAUAAAAAUCGUAAACAUUCACGUUGGAGUGUUGGAGAAAACAUAUAUGCAACCAGUGGUAAAAUGACAGGAAGCGAAACUACAAAAGCGAUACAAGCUUGGUAUGAUGAAUUAAAAUAUUUUUCUCACGACUCAAGGACGUGUCAACCCGGAAUGACCUGUGGCCAUUAUACGCAGGUGAUGUGGGCAACUACGUUCAAAGUAGGAUGUGCGAUAUGUUUAUGUGUUGAUAUAACUGGUAUUGGACAGAGGUACAGCGGAUCACUAUUUGUAUGCAAUUAUGCACCAGCUGGAAAUAUCGUUUCACUACCAGGCCGGAAGUUGCUUCCAUUAUUUGAAGAAGGAAAACACUGUACUAAGUGCAAUGAAGACGAUUACUGUCGGGAUUCCUUAUGUGCAAACAGUGCCAGAGAUUUCGUUUUUGAAACGAAAAAUAAAGAAUGCCAAAGUAAAGGCAGCCAAGGCGCAUUCAUAGCCGUGAUAAUAAUACUUUGCAUUAUUAUUGUUAUUCUUGUCACUUUGUUUCUAUUUCGAAGAAGGAUCAGAUUUUCAAACAAUUUUGGAAUAUCAACAGCAGUCAACCAUAUGGUUAGGUUCAGUAACGCGAGCACACCAGCCACAAGCGCGUACAAUACUCCGAAGCAUUCAUUGACUGGCGUAAAUUUACAUGGUAUUUCCAAGCUGACAGCUGCUGACAUCAGUACGCCAUUGGAGUUAUUGAAAGACGAAGAAAGGCGAUGUUCAAGUGCACCAACGACUCCGAGACGCGCGUAUAUAAAAGGAACGGCAACGCCGCCCAAAGCAUCACCACCUGUUCUUCCUCCCCCGCCCAGGCGCCUAUAAAAACAGGCACUGGUCAAAAAAGUGUCCGAAGAGUAACUUGAAUAAUGCUUAGCCCAUACACAAAUAACUGAUUAUAAGUCCUUAGUUGCAUCACCGUGGAGGAUAUCAUAAAUAGCUCGCCAUCUGCUUUUUGUCACCGUAUCCUAUUUUGUAAACAAGAGAGCUAUGCUCAAAUAUAUGAACACGUUGCGCCACAUAGUGUCAAAGUUUGUUGGCGUCAUAGCACACAAAAAACGAUAAAUAAAAGUAAUAGCCUUUUAGUGAAAAAUAUAAUCUUUACUCACUGAAAAUUUCAAAGCAAUUUUUCCAGUAUUCGAAGAGAAAAGCGACUCUAUAAUGAUGACGAAAAAUAACAACAAGAACAACAACAAAAUAUUGAAACGAUCGUUAUGUCCACUAAACGUGUCCAAUGAGAACGAUGGUGUUUAAUAUAAUCGUGUUUAAUAAUAGAAUAAUAGAUAUAGAUUUUGAGUUUUAUUUUCAAUAUAUCUUCUACAUACUCGUAUACGGCACUUUAACUAGUAUGUAUAAAUGGUAUAUUCUCAUUUUUUUAUUUUAAAUUAUAAAUUGUGUGGCAAGAAAAACUGCAUCAUUUCU